AUUCACCAUUCUCUCGCCUUUCCCACUUCAAAAAGAGUGCCCAAGUCAACUAGAAAAAGCCCUUAAUGUAAAGCUAUUCUGUCAGUGUAAAUUCAGAGGAAUCGUAGUUCAUGAACAAAAGGAUUAAAAUCUAUAUAUGCUAGUUCAGGAAGGGGAUACCCAGAAUUCUGCUCUAUUAUUUCAAGUUCUUUUCAUCCUUUGGUUUCUUUCUUUUCUUUUCCCUCAAGCAAUUAAUUCUUAGGGUAAUGCUAAUGGCAAACGCCAGUAUUUACCUGACAUUCUUGCUUCUCAUAUGCCUUCUAAAAUCGGGUCAAUCAGCACCAAAAGUAUCCAAUAAUUAUGUGCAAGAUGCAUGUAGUGUAACCAGAUACCGUGCCCUUUGUGUCAACUCACUAGCAUCAUUUUCCAGCACUGCUAAGAAAAGUCCGGGCAAGUGGGCGCGAGCUGGGGUUUCAGUGACUAUAGGAGAAACCAAGAAUGUUGCUCAGUACUUAAUGAAAGUGAAGAAUUACAGGGAGAUGAGGGGGAGAUACAAAAUUCCACUCUCAGAUUGCAUUGAAUGCUUUCAAAAUGCGAUCGACCAGCUACACGAAUCACUUGGGAUUCUUAGGAAGCUAAGUGCCAGAAAUUUUUAUGCACAGAUGGGGGACGUAACUACUUGGUUGAGUGCUGCACUCACCGAUCAAGACACUUGCUUGGAUGGUUUUGAGAAUCCAAUGGGAAAGCAAGCCAAAAUGCUGCGGAAUCGGGUUUUGAGAUCCUCAUAUUUUACUAGUAACGCUUUGGCUUUGGUCAAUAAACUUGCAACCUCCGGAUUGAAAUGCUUAAAUGAUCCUUGA